CUUUCUCGGUCGUUCUUUGGUCUUGGUUUAUAGGUCAUUAGGUCAUGGAAAGGACUUGGAUAGUGGAUGGCCCAUGGAUCUCAAGGAAUGUAAAGAAUGCGUCUCUGUCUUCAGCUCUGCAGAUUAAAGACUGCGGAGCUUAUAUCAACUGCUUUAACUGCUCUUACCGCAUCGACAACAGCAAUGUACUGACUCCAUGGCCAGGCCUUCCUAAAGGUGUGAAAUUCGAGCCAACCGAUGAGGAAGUGAUUGAGCAUUUGGAAGCUAAGUGUGGUAUUGAUGGCUUAAAACCACAUCUUCUUAUCCAAGACUUUAUAUGUUCAGUCACUCAAGAUGUUGGUAUCAACUACACUCACCCUCAAAACCUUCCAGGUGUGAGUAAAGAUGGAACUAGUGUCUUCUUCUUUAACAAGACGGCACAUGCAUAUCAAAAUGGGCAGAGAAAGCGGAGAAGGAUCACACCAACUAGUCUCAAGGAUGAUACGGUUCGCUGGCACAAGACUGGUCAAACCAAACCGGUGAUGCUCAAUGGAAUCCAGAAGGGAUGCAAGAAGAUCAUGGUGCUCUACAAGAGCGCGAGAAAGGGAUUCAAACCCGAGAAAUCUAACUGGGUUUUGCACCAGUACCAUUUGGGAACUGAAGAAGGCGAGAUUGGGGAAUAUGUUGUCUCUAAGAUCACAUAUCAGCAACCAAAGCAACAGGAGAAAACCAUCGAUGAGAGUGAGAGUUCUGGGGUUCGAGGUGGCCCUAGCACACCGAAAACUAGUACUAUUACACAAGUUAGACCUGUGAUUUCUGUUGAUGAGGAUGAAAUAGCUUUUGAUGAUGAUUCUAAGAUGGUUCUUGAUUCAUAUGCCGAGGUUAGUUCCUUUCUCUGCAAGUAUCAAUGACGUUCUUCUUGUUGCGUGUAUGUUUAUGUUUCUGGUAAAAUCAGGGACUGGAGAACAUUCAAGAAGCUUCUUCUGGUUCGACAUCAGACAAAAUAGCUAAAGUGGGAGGGAAUGUGAGUGUUAUUGAAGAUAACUUAAUGUCCAAGAAAAUUGAAGCUUCGUCGAUUCCUAAUCAUGGAAAUGUUGACUACGGAUCAGGAAACUUUUCAGUUUCAGAUUUGGAGAAUGCAGAAUUAGGGACUCUCCCUGAUUUACUUUCCUUUGCUUCUGAGGACAGCUUAAUGAAUUGGUUGGGAUGGUUUUGAAGCUAAAGACAAGAAAUUGCGUGUUCUUGCGUUUUCCCUGAUAAAGGAAACAAGAAAGAUUUUGAGAAAAACAAUAAGAACAAAGGCGCAGCAGCAGGAAUGUAAAUAGAUAAAAGUAGCCAGUAAAGUAUGAUCUGUCCACAUUGGCUUCUGUUUCUGUCAUCGAUCAGAGAGGCCAAGUAAUUUGUUUAUGAAUAUCACUUCAAUUUUCCUUGGAACCCUUUCUAGUUUUUACAACCAUAUUUGAUCUUUUAGUUCUUCGCAAUUCAUACCAAUUCGGCAAUUCCGAACUUUCGUGUAUUUUGUUGUUGUCGUUGUAGUAGCAGUUUACUAUAGCGGUUAUGUUGCUUACGUAGACAAUACAGUUU